GUUUGGGGUUGGAUACCAGCCCUACAGGGCGCCGCUGAACAAUGUGAGAUUGUCCCUCUUUUAGUCAGACGGACUGACGGGAUUGAAAAUGACCCGUAAUGGUACCAUUUAGAUUUCAGGAUCGCAUUCCUAGCGAUACCCACCGUCAUUAUCCACGCCAAUCGAUCGGAAUCAUAAAUCAUAACGAAAUGUCCACCAAAUCAACAUCGCCGCUGAGGCUUUUGUUCCUGACAGAGGGCGUCAUGAAACUUGCCGGGGGUUUGGUGUUCAUGAUCUCGCCUCAAACCCCAUUGUCGGUAGCGGUGGCUGCUCCCAUCCCGCCGUCAGCCCUACUCCUGACACGGCUUUUGGGUACGCAGACUUUCACACUGGGCAUCUCCAUGCUUCUCGCAUCUACUAGGACGUCGAAGGCAGUAUCAAGCAGACGGAUUGUCUACUGGACGAUAUUCGCGAGAGACGCGACAUUAGUAACCGUGCUCGCCUUACAACUCUUGUUUGGUCAGAAUAGCGAUGCUUUGGGGUUUUCGGUCAAGGGGCUGCGUGCGUGUCUUGCAGAAUUGAUGCCCUUUUGCUUGGGUCACUUGUGGAUUCUUGCUGCGAAACCGCAUUGGUUCUAGUGGUCAUAGAAAACAUGAGGUUUCUGAGCCUCCAUGAAAAGGCUAGGCAAAAGUUCUCUAAUUCACCAGUGGGAGUUAGCCAUGAGCAUCUAUG